CCUAAUGGUUUGGUCUGUUUGAAUUUAGGUACUUACAUUGACAAGAAAUGCCCAUUCACUGGCAAUGUUUCCAUCCGAGGUCGUAUCCUUGCUGGUGCAUGCCACAGUGCUAAGAUGAACAGAACCAUCACUGUUCGACGGAAUUACCUACAUUAUGUCAAGAAGUACCAGAGAUAUGAGAAGAGGCACUCCAAUAUUCCAGCUCACAUAUCACCAUGCUUCCGUGUGAAAGAGGGUGAUCAUGUUAUUAUUGGACAGUGCAGGCCUUUGUCCAAAACCGUGAGGUUCAAUGUCUUGAAGGUGGUUCCAGCUGGGUCUGCUGGUGGUGGGAAAAAAGCUUUUACCGGAAUGUGAGCUUGGUGCUUCCAUUUUAGUUGUUACUUCUAGUAGUGGCGGAUCCAGGAUUUUGAAUCAGGGUAUUCGGAAAAACAACUGAACCAACUUUUGCAUUUGUUCAGGGUGUUCAAAAGUCAAUAUACGUACAUAAACACAAAAUAUUUACCCUAAAUAUACACUGUAAUUUUUUGCCCAGGGUGUUCGGGUGAACACCCUGAGUCUUUACUACAUUCGCCCCUGACUUCUAGGGAUGAUGUUGAGACUUUUAUGCUUUCACUGCUUCAUUAAUUUUCCUUCGAGCUUCAAAUUUUGAAACUUAAUGCUAGCAAGUUUUGUUAAAGCCUAUGUACUGGGUUGUAAGAUGUUUGUGACUGAACGCCUUAUAAGAAAAGGAUGUUUGGUGAUUGAA